CUCCACUCUCAUUCACCUGGGAAAAGGAGCCGCGCAAAUCUCUCUGCUCUACCAUGGCGAUUUCUCUGCAGAUCCAAUUCCUCCUCUCUUUCUCCAUACUCUCCGUCUCCCAAGCAAUACUCACCGAAGCUCUCGAUCCAAUCUUUACCCCCUUCACCGCCUCCACCACCACCACACCGCCACCUUCACCGCAGAUGACGUCGCCGUUGUUUACUACAUCGCCGCCACCGCCACCUCCACCACCUCCACCGCCAACUCAAAACGUCAUCGUGAACGAUCACUCUAUGACUUCUCUCCUUUCGCCUAUUCUCUCGCACCUCGGCUUCAAUGAGUUAGCGACUGCCGUACCAUCCCUGUCUGCAGACUCCAGCGGCACUGUGGCCUGGUCCGGACCUUUCACGCUCUUCGCACCUUCGGAUUCUUCCGUCCGUACGUGCGCCUCCUGUUCGGUCCCGUCGCUUCUGCGAGAGCACGUGGUUCCAGGUCUCUUCUCCAUCGAUUACCUUCGCAAACUAGCCUUCGGUUCCAAGAUCGAGACCAUUAGCCCUGGCCGCUGUAUAACCGUUACCACUACCGCCCACAGCCAUAGCAACAACACCAUUCCUAAAGUUUUCAUCGGCGGCGUGGAGAUCACGCAUCCCGAUCUCUUCAACAACGGCCUCGUUAUCAUCCACGGCAUCCAAGGCUACGUCUCACCUCUCUCGUCUUUCUCUUGCGACAUUGAGCGCAUGAUGUCACUCUCCGUCCCUCUUCGCAACCCUCAGAUCCAACAGCAACCACUAGUUCCUCAACAACAGACUGCUCUGAUGCGGAUGAUGCUUAGGGAUGCCAUGCUCCGGCUCCGCAACAACGGAUUCAGUGUUGUUUCUCUCGCGAUGAAGCUCAAGUAUCUCGAGCUUGUCACUCUCGACAACAUGACCGUUUUCGCUCUGGAGGACAUGGCAAUCUUCUCCACCGGUUCGCACAACUAUAUCCAUAGUGUGAGGUGCCACAUCGUACCGAACCAUUUGCUGACGUUCGCCGAGCUCGAGAGGCUCCCGGUUGGGACUAUGUUACCGUCGCUGGAAAGAGGACAGUCUCUGGUGGUGACGACGGCAGGUGGAGGUGCUACUGCCCCUCCUAUGAGGAUUAACUAUGUGAGGAUCAAGGUUCCUGAUGUGAUGCAGAAUGCGAAGAUUGUUGUCCACAGUUUGUACUUGCCGUUUCCUCGUAUUCAUCCUGCAGCUGCUGCAUAUGAUGGAAUGAUGACAGGAAUGGAGGCAGAUCAUCAUGGGGCGGUGGAGGUGGCUUAUGCCACUGUGGAUGAGAAUGCUGAAUGCCGCACAACUCCUGUGACUGGGGAGGUGAAGCCGGUUGUGAGGACUGAAGAUCAUCAUGAUCAUCAUGGUCUGUAGUUGAUGACAUGCAGUGGCAAGACAUCGAGGUAUAGAUUGGCGUAUUGUUUUUCUACUGUAAGCUUAAGUUGAGUCAAAGCUUGCAGGGCAUGGCUAGCUAUAAUAAUGAAUAAUGAUUGUUUUCUCUUCCCUGUUUGCUUGCAUCUAGGAGAUGAGUAAUUUUUGUUUGCAGUAUUCCUACUGCAGGAGUUAAAGAAAAACUUGAUUUCUUGUUAAAUGUGGUCUGUACGUUUGGGUAUAGCCUUGUGUUUUUGUUUGAUUAAACGUAUGAAUAGAAGAUGUUUUUUUCU